UCCAUUUCACAGGCCUGCCUUCUCUCCCUAACGAUCUUCCUCGUCCCCGGGCCAACUCGGACAGUUUGCUCUUUUAUUGCAACGGUCAAGGCUGGCUCGUGCCAGAACAGCGCGCGCGCGCACACGCACACAGACACGCCGGGGAAAACUUUUUUAAAAAAAUGAAAGCCUAGGCGAGCUCCUCGGCGGCCGGGCGCUGCGCGAGGGCUUCGGAGUUGCCUCCCUGCAGCAGGAAAUCCCUCGGGUCGCGACGCCCGGCCCCCGCUCGGCGCCCGCGUGGGAUGGUGCAGCGCCCGCCGCCCGGCCCGAGAGCUGCUGCACUGAAGGCCGGCGACGAUGGCAGCACGCCCGCCGCCCGCGCCCCCCGCCCGCGCCCUCCUGCUCGCCCUGGCCGGGGCUCUGCUCGCGCCGCGCGCGGCCCGAGGGGUGAACUUGGGGAGCGGAUUCCCACCUUCUGUGCAAGGGGGAGGAGCUUAUGAAGUGGUCAGUGCCUCGCUUUUGAACGGUGACCCCUGGACCCCAAGGAAGAAUUCGGACUCAAAGAAUCAUCCAGAAGAGUUGCAUUUUCGAAUACAACUGGAAAGCAAAGAACUGAUCGUAAAGCUGGAAAGAAACGAAGGUCUCAUUGCUGGCAGUUUCUCAGAAACCCACUAUCAGCAAGACGGCACUGAUGUCUCCCUCAUCCGAAAUUACACGGGUCACUGUUACUACCAUGGACACGUGCAAGGGUAUCCUGGUUCCACGGUCAGUCUCAGCACUUGUUCUGGUCUCAGGGGACUUAUUACCUUUGGAAAUAGCACCUAUGUCUUGGAGCCAAUGAAAAAUGCAACCAACAGAUACAAGUUCUUUCCAGUGGAGAACCUGCGGAGCACCUGGGGUGCCUGUGCAUCACAUUCCAACAUGUCAGGCUUCGUCGGGCACCACAGACUCCCACCACCCUCCCAGACACGGACAAGGCAUAAAAGAGAAACCCUCAAGAUGACCAAGUAUGUAGAGCUGGUUAUUGUGGCAGACAACAGAGAGUUUCAGAGGCAAGGAAAAGAUCUGGAAAAAGUUAAGCAGCGAUUAAUAGAGAUCGCUAAUCACGUUGACAAGUUUUACAGACCGCUGAACAUCCGAAUAGUGCUGGUGGGCGUGGAGGUGUGGAAUGACAUCGACAAGUGCUCGAUAAGUCAGGACCCUUUCACGAGCCUCCAUGAGUUUCUGGACUGGAGAAAGAUGAAGCUUCUACCUCGAAAAUCUCAUGACAACGCACAGCUGAUCAGUGGAGUUUAUUUUCAAGGGACCACCAUCGGCAUGGCACCCAUCAUGAGCAUGUGCACAGCAGAACAGUCGGGGGGGAUCGUUAUGGACCAUUCAGACAGUCCCCUAGGCGCGGCCGUGACGCUGGCACAUGAGCUGGGCCACAAUUUCGGGAUGAACCAUGACACACUGGAGAGGGGCUGUAGCUGCAAAACGGCUGCUGACAAAGGAGGUUGCAUCAUGAACCCUUCAACCGGGUACCCGUUCCCCGUGGUGUUCAGCAGCUGCAGCCGGAAGGACCUGGAGGCCAGCCUGGAGAAGGGCAUGGGCGUGUGUCUUUUCAACCUGCCAGAGGUGCAGCCGUCCUUCGGGGGCCAGAAGUGCGGGAAUGGAUACGUGGAAGAGGGCGAGGAGUGCGACUGUGGGGAGCCGGAGGAGUGUGUGAAUCUCUGCUGCAACGCCACCACCUGUACCCUGAAGCCAGAUGCUGUCUGUGCACAUGGGCUGUGCUGUGAAAACUGCCGGCUGAAACCCGCGGGAACGGCCUGCAGGGAAUCCAGCAACUCGUGCGACCUCCCGGAGUUCUGCACGGGGGCCAGUCCGCACUGUCCCGCCAACGUGUACCUGCACGACGGGCACCCGUGUCAGGGGGUGGACGGCUACUGCUACAAUGGCAUCUGCCAGACCCACGAGCAGCAGUGCGUCACCCUCUGGGGACCAGGUGCUAAACCCGCCCCUGGGAUCUGCUUCGAGAGAGUCAACUCUGCAGGUGACCCUUACGGCAACUGCGGCAAAGACUCCAAGAGUUCCUUUGCCAAGUGCGAGAUGAGAGAUGCUAAAUGUGGAAAAAUCCAGUGUCAAGGAGGUGCCAGCCGGCCAGUCAUUGGUACCAAUGCUGUUUCCAUAGAGACCAAUAUCCCACUGCAGGAAGGAGGUCGGAUUCUGUGCCGUGGGACACACGUGUAUCUGGGCGAUGACAUGCCGGACCCAGGGCUUGUGCUUGCCGGCACAAAGUGUGCAGUUGGAAAAAUCUGCCUCAACCGUCGCUGUCAGAAUGUCAGUGUCUUUGGAGUUGACGAGUGUUCGAUGCGGUGCCACGGCAGAGGGGUAUGUAACAACAGGAAGAACUGCCACUGCGAGGCCCACUGGGCACCUCCCUUCUGUGACAAGUUCGGCUUUGGAGGAAGCACAGACAGCGGCCCCGUCCGGCAGGCAGAUAACCAAGGUUUAACUAUAGGAAUCCUGGUGACCAUCCUGUGUCUUCUUGCUGCUGGAUUUGUCGUUUAUCUCAAAAGGAAGACACUGAUACAGCUGCUGUUUACAGAUAAGAAAAGCACCCUUGAAAAGCUCAGGUGUGUGCGCCCUUCCCGGCCAGCCAGUGGCUCCCGUCCUGCUCAGGCUCACCUCACCCACCUCAGCAAAGGCCUGAUGAGGAAGCCGCCACCUUCCAGCACACCCAGGGACAGCCCCAGGAGAUUGCCGCAGUGUCAGCACGUGGACAUCAGCAGGCCCCUGCAAACCCUUGGCGUCCCUCGGCCCAGCUCUCCUCAGCGAGUGCUCCCGCCCCUCCACCAGGCUCCUCGGGUGCCCUGCGUCCCUGCCAGGCCCCUGCCAGCCAACCCCACCCUCAGACAGGCCCAGGGAACUCGUAAGCCAAACCCUCCUCAGAAGCCUCUGCCUGCAGAUCCUUUGAGCAAGACGACCCGGCUCACUGGCGCCUCCACCAGGACCCCGGGACAGCAGGAGUCUGCGCUCCGCCUGGUGCCCAUCAGACCUGCUCCGAAACAGCCCCAUCAAGUGCCCAGAUCUACCCACCUCGCCUCUGCCAAGUGAGAAGCAAGCCCACACCUUUUUUUCAACAGUGAAGACAGAAGUUUGCACUAUCUCUCAACUCCAGUUGGAGUUAUUUUUAGUACCAACUUUUAGGAUUUUUUUUUUUUUUUAAUGUUUAAAACACCACGAUUUGAAGAACUUUGAGCUACUGCCGUCGGUGCUGUGCUGUGCUAUGGUGCUCUGUAUACUUGCUCAGGUACUUGUAAAUUAUUAAUUUAUGCAGAAUGCUCAUUACAGCGCAGUGCACUGUAAUGGGCAUGGGGGUUUUUUGUUUUGUUUUUUAACCAUCACUUGAGUUUUCCAUGGAAGGAAGGCUUGUUGUGCUUUUAAUAGUUGAGUGAACUUGAAAAACCAUGCUUUGAUGGGAUUCUGGACAGGAUGUUUACUUUUGGAUGGAGGCUUUAUAUGAGAACAGUUCCCCAGCUACCCAUGGGUGUGGUUAUGGUACCAGACACAGCUCAAGAGACCCCAGGUAGAACCCUGCGUUAUUUUUUUUUUUCCCCCUGGAACCCCUGAUCUCAGGCCAGAGCCUGGCUUCCAGUGCAGGCUGUGCCUGGCUUUCAGGAAGAGCCAGGGCCCCAUCACAGCUGAGAGGCUGGCCCACCAGGACUGCCCCUUCAGCACUCCAGGGCAGCAGGAAAGGACCUGGCUUCUGGCCGGGAAGCUUUGGCGAGGAUCUGGGUUUGCAGAAAGGAAUUCCAAGGUGUGGCCACUCCAGGAUGGAGACUGGAAGUGAGGCCAGAAAGAAACUUGACCUGGAGCUCAGCGGCCAUGAGCACACAUUUGGAGAGCAGGCAGAGAAGGUUGCUUUAUAGAAACCCCAAGAACUUCUUUUCCCAGCUGCCCCUCAUAGAGGGCAUCGGCCCCUUGUUUAGAGCGAGAAUGGGAGCCAUUCUACCAGACAGCUACUGCCCAAGCCCUGCAACCCUCCGUCUCCUUGGACUGUUCGUACGUAGCUAAACAAAUUACCACCUUGUCUUAACACAGUGAUUCUGUGUUCAGACAGACAGAUGAGGCUUUCCAUGGGACCGUAACUAUUUUCAGAUGUGAACCAGCAAACCGGAUCUAGUACAUCAGCUCUCUAGAUAAAAAUCUCCUUUCAUUGCAAGGUUCAGCUUAUUAAAAAUUAGGCAGAAUCCCCACACUUGCCGAAACUGCAGCCAUGAUGGAGUGCUGUGAUCACUGGGAUAAAGCUUGUGUCUGCGAGCCUUGUGAGCAUAUGCUGGACAAAGAAACCUAAGUCGCUAGUAGGUUCUCUUGGGGGCAUCCUGUUUUCCCAGCUUGGCUGCAGGCAUCUUUGAAAGAGGCUUUUAGCGUAAAGUCUGAAUCCAUUUCUGAAGCACUUGCAACCCAUCUGCUGAGCACCGUGGACUGUGAGAAGAACACCAAAUUCCUAGUCCUUAAUAUUCAGGAAAUGCAGUCUUGGGCAGAAGCCCCUUCCACCUUCCCUCUUCACAUGUCUGACUGGGGAGCCGUUUUCACAGGGUCCUCUCGAAGAUGCCUGUAUCCAAGGGCAGGAAUAUCACAGAAUUACUCAGACAAGGUGAAAUGCCAUGAUGCCUCUGUCUUCUGAAGGUGGGGUCACAUGGGACUCGUUUCCACCUUAGGAAGCAGUUGACACCAGUUCCACAAUUCACCCUGUUUUUGACAGAGACGCCAUCUAGGGUCAUGCCAGUGGUUUUUCUAUGCCUUGAAGCAGAAAGACAAAACGUACCAAGCAUCUCGGCUUGCCUUCCAGAAAACAAGAGUGCAUUUAACUCUCCCCCAGUUCCCACCGUAUCUAGGCAACACGGGACUCGCGAUCGGGGAUCCCCUCAACAAACCCGUGUCCCCAGCACACACGCAAGGGAACUCAGCUCUGAUACAUUCCAACCCUUACAGCAACUGUUUAUCAUGCCAUUAUCAGCGUCUUACAGCUAUAAAGCCACGUUAGAAAAUACGACUGCUGAUGAGGACCUGCAGAAUGGCUGUAACUGGUAUUAUAUUGGUAAUUCUAUCAAGGCCAAAACACACGCUGUUGAAAAGUUCACAGACUUUGUAUGGUGCAUCACGUGUGGCUGUUGCCUUUGUAGAGGCCCAGAUCCUCAGAUCAGCAUCGUAACCCCUUUCGGUGCAAGGAAGAGGAUGUGAACUUUUUUUUUUUUUUUUUUGGUCUCUUCUUGACCGUAAUUCCUGUGCUUCUCUUCCCGAGAAGCAGGAGGAGUUUGGUAUCAGAGGUGGCUAACGCUGUGAGCUCACACCUCAUCAUCAAUGGCCGCUUGGGGGCCACGGCUGAUGACACAGUCUUAUCUCUGCAGUCCUCGGUGCUUUUAUAGAGCCAUGCAAUUUAUUUGCUGGAAAAGAACAUAUUUAAACCUAAUAGCCCCUGACAGGCCACAGAUAAUAUUAUUGAAGAGACGAUACUUCCAAAUGCAGGAUCUAUCAAAUGAAGCCUAUCUAGCAAUAACUUUCAUUUUCAUAUAUCUUAGGAAAGGAGCCAAUAGCCAGGUUGUUGGGGGGAAGGGAGGUAGUCCUCCCCCCCCCCCCCGCCGGCCUUUUUUUAUAUCCUCAUAGAUGAUAGCAACUACAAUCAAUACUUAUAUUUCAACACCAGUCUAUUUUUAAUAUUUUUUAAACUGUAUAGGCAGGAGUGGUGGCAUUGAUGUGCGGCCAGAAGGCCCUCGCUGAGAGUCAGCGUGCCUGACACAGAGGUGGCCCUGAGAAUCGUCACUGCCCUUCUUCCUCUGUCUUGUUACAGCCGUAGGUUCUCGGACCCCGCUUUCUUGGGAAAUAGACAGCCAAACUUCCAGGCAUCCUAGUGACAUGUUUUAUCUCGUGAAAUUUUGUGUAAGUUUGUUUUCCUGACACAUGGAAUCAGAUGUGUAGCAACCAAGAGAAACAAUGCCUAACAUUUUCCAUUGUCAAAAUAUGCACACACAGCCUGCACUUCCCAGUGUGAAUUUUUCCAGCUUACACAUGUGGGAUGACAUCACAGAAACCGCAAGAGCCACAGUUUCAACUGCAUGAGAAUAAAUACUCCCGACCCGUCUCAAAGGGGACGUUUUUAUGCCUUCUUAACUUUAUUAGGAAUUCUCAGGCUGAAACCACGAGCCAUUGUUCUCUGGCAAAUCAAUGCAGAACAUCAGCAGCUCCCCCCAAAGAAAAACAGCGCGGACACUGCGCUGCGGCCGAGGUUUCGGAGGAGCCCACCAUCUCCCACGGUGCUAACAGGAGCUGGUGCUGGGCCGCCUAGAAUGUUCCAGCAAUGCUCCAGCCCCCUUCUAUGGGCCCUCAACUGCUGUUUACAAAGCGCUCUGAGCCACUGAGACCCCGCCAGCAAGAGGGCACGGUGCCUGGGCAGGAACCUGACCCCUUUUCGGGUUUUGAUCGUGAGGUUUAUUUCACUGAAAACUUCCCUAGGUGUUUGAGGGGCAGAAGGCCCAGGGCAGACGGCCUGGUGAGCCUUCCUGGCUGUUAUCAAAAUGGCCCUGGCAAAACACAAGUCCCCCAGAUAAGCUCUACCCCCAAGGGUCUCCCAGGGCCGGUGCUCACUCCCCGGGCGUGACUCAGGCUGUAGAAUCUACACACCACGGCUGGCUGGUGGGGAACGUGGCAGCCAGGUGCCACCUGUCCUCCUCGCCAGGGCUCAUGAGUGGGCCAUAAACACACAUGGACACAGGCAGCCUAGGCUAGGACAUCUCCCUGCCUCUCUCUCUCUCUCAGACACAAGUUCCUUUCCCAGGUCAAAUCCAAUGCUGACGCCUCCACAAUCCCCGACCAGUCUCUGCAUGUGUAGCUACUUGCAGCUAAAGUGGUGAUGCAGCAGCAAGGGGCCACCCCACAAGUGCACCCACUGGCUGCCCAAAGCCCAGCCUCCUCCAGCUGCACAGCGCAGAAUGACCCACCUGCUCCCGCAGCAGAAUCCCUCCCAGAGGCACCUCCCACCUAAAGACAUUCCAAUGUACCUGUGAUUACAAAAUUCCCAUGACUCACUCUGUGCUUCCUGUUGGCAUCUGUUUCUCUUAAACCUACUUGAAAGCUCUGAUGGUCACCCCAGUAGCAACACUCUAAGAAUGAUUCGGGAGCCCCGAGCGGAGAACUGUCUCUGCGGUGAUGCUCUCUCCCAGAAGCCACUCAGCUGCACGUGAAUGAAACGUUUCCCUGCUUUGCACACAGAAAGUCCCCUCUUCACUUUUGGGAAGGCAGUGGCAGCUUGCAGUCCAGCCUGUCCCAUAGGAGAAAAGCUCGGAGAAGAAACACUGCAUCUAAAAUUGUUCCAAUAGCCAACGAGUGAUAGCGACAGCCAGAUGGAACACAAUGAAAGGAACUCGCAGUGCGAUUCGGCUCCUCUAGGUUGAAUACUCUGUAACCAACCCUGAGUUUCCACACCAUCUUCAACAAACGUGUCCUGUAAUUGUCCUUCCAAAAGCUACUUUAGUCCUUAAUUCACAUUUGUAAUUCAGGCAGAAGAAUAAAUAUCAUGUGAUCAUUUUAGUUGGAUGAAGAAGUGGGUUUAUGUUCAUGGUCAUGGCCUAUAAGCAAGUACUUAAGGAGGAAGGACAGUGAUAGAAAAAGUACCUCCAUCUAGAAUGAGAAAAUCCCCAGAGUCCAAGGCAGGACAGGUGGCAGCAGAGUUCCUUGCUCUCUCAUACCCUCUGUUUGGUCAGACGGGGCCGCAGAAAGGAAGGUCCACUGUUUGAAUGUGUGGCACAUACAGUGUAACUCUUUCAAACUUGUCUGCAGGCUAUUCAGCACAGUGCAAAGUUAUAGCAACUAAACCAGUACAUUCAUUUUAUAGCGCUUCAUCCAUUUAUAAUGCUUUGGUUUGCUCAUUUUUUUUCACAUACCUUCUUAUGUUACAGUCUGUUACUUUUGUACACAUUUCUCAUUUCGAGGGCCUACAGGUGACACAACCUGCUUAUUUCCAUAGAAAAAGUCAUUGUUACAGAUAUUAUAUCCAAUAAAUGGUAUACAGGUCAAGAUAAA